UCUCAGUCAAUCGCAAAACGCAUGCAGAUACAGAUACUCGUACUCGCUCCGCUUUGCUUCGAUCCGUCAGAUACAUACUGUGUGCGUGUACUGUGUGAAGUUGUGCCCGGAAUCCGAUUCAGGAAAAUUACCAUUGCAAACGGGAAACACAAUUUAAGCGACAACAAAAGCGUAGUUCGGGUCGUUAAAGUAAAAGUGCAAAGAAAUGACAAUGCAAACCAACACUGAUCAACAAAAGCCGGGAAGCGAGGGAGUUGCAACGGGAGGUGGCCGAGGAGGAGCAGCCACUACAAUGUCCACUAGUGUUAAACAAAAGUCCAAAAGUCGCUCAUCCUGCUGGCUCCUUCAGCGACGCCAGUUGGACAAUAUCUCCAUAGUGUUCGCCGAAAUGAUUGCCACGGCCAUGCUGAUGUUCCUGGGCUGCAUGGGCUGUGUCCAGAAUGCCGUGAUUAUCAACUCCAACUUCCAGGGAUCCCUCAAUUUCGGGUUCGUAGUCCUCAUCUGUAUCCAGUGCUUUGGUUGCGUGUGCGGAGCUCACCUGAAUCCGGCUGUUACCUUGGCCCAGUAUAUCUACAACAUGAUCUCGCUGCCCAUGGCUUUGGCCUACUUUGUGGCCCAAAUGGUGGGGGCUUUCAUCGGCUAUGGGUUACUGAAAGCGGUUCUGCCGGACAGUGCUAUCUAUAGUUCCGACACGCCGAAUGGUGUUUGUAUUACGGCCCUCAAUAGCACUCUGACCAGCUGGCAGGGAGUGACCGUUGAGUUCCUGAUCACCUGCGUCCUAAUUGCCAUUUGCUGUGGCGUCUGGGAUCCCAGAAAUGCCAAAAAUACCGACUCGGUGGCUGUGCGUUUUGGACUGGCUAUCUCCUGUCUUUCCCUAACGGCGGGCCAACUAACUGGAGCAAGCAUGAACCCUGCCAGGUCCUUCGCUCCUGCCGUUUGGAAUGGAGCCUGGGAGAAUCACUGGAUCUACUGGGUGGGUCCUAUGGCUGGGGCAUUAGUAUCCUCCCUAAUCUACAAGUACGUCUUCCGGUCUCGGGAGGCUGACGAUCUCGAGAACGAGGAGACCACAUUAUCCACAAAACGAAACUCUGAGGCAGACCUCGCAUAGAAUUAAGAAGCCCACCACUCCCUCCACCUUAAGACCUUAAGACAAGUUUAUCGUUUAAGUUGCAUGCGGUUUAGUAUUUAAGUUGCAAAAAAUAAAAGCAUAAAAAGUACAAUCUA